GUUUCAAUAUCGGAAGGCAAACAGGUUUUAUACGGAGCACCCACCUUAUAAUUAUGCUUUGUGAAUAAGUAAUUAAAGUCUUUCAGAACUGAAUCACACUUUGUAUAAAAUACGCGAACAGAAAACAAUGGGAUUAUACGAUGGAACUAAUUUUUUCGCAAGGUUUAAAAGUUUGGCAAUAUUAACUGGGGUUCCUUUACACGAAAAUAUUAGUGUGGUCGAAGGAAUCUGUUUAUGGCUAUUGCCCUGUCUGGUAUACAUAUACAUCGGUUUAAACUUUUAUAGGAAGUGGAGCUUAACUGACGAUAUAGAUGAUUGCAUGUAUUCAAUGGGGAUUGCGACAGCUGCACCAUUUAUUACGAUAAUGAGACUCCAAAGACGAAGACUAGUUAACCUAAUAGCGUUGUUGGAAGAUGACCGAACCGUUGAUAUGCGAUUUCAAACUGAAUUGCGGUUAAUUGCUAAUACGCUGGCUGGCCUGGCGUUUCCAGUCGUAAUGUUCCUUGAUUCUAUUGGUUUUCUCGCGUGGUAUCUAACAGAAAAUGAAAAAAGUUUACCAUUUGGUACAAUGCCUAGUUGGGCAUUAGAACACAGUUACGGAAUGUGCUUAGCUUUCCAAAUUAUAGUUUACUUUUUUCUAGGGAUAGAUGAUGUUAUGCUGGUUGCCAUGAAAUGGUGCGUCUUGUUGCACUUACGAAUACAUUUUAAGUACUUGAACAUUACUAUCAAAGAAGCCACAACAAUUCAAAAAGAGGAAGUUUUUGAUGUCAAUGAAUCAGAGUUGUAUUCCAGUAACACUGCAGCACGGUUUCCUUUAGACGAGUACGUUAGAGGUGUUAUAUCGAGAUACAAUCGCCUAACUUUAAUUGCUAAUGAAGCGGAUAGAGCAUUUAAUAAGGGCGCUCUAAGUCAUUUUAUUAAUAUAUCGAUUUUAGUUUGCUUUAUUCUGUUCCGUAUGUCAAAUAUACCUAUAUUCACCAUGGAGUUUUUGAAACUAUUUUGGUAUCUACUCACAAUGUUAUCAAUAAUAUUCCUAGAUAGCUACUUGUGCAGUCUGGUUGUUGAAGAAAGUGAAGCGCUGGUGUAUUCUUGCUACGAAACUGAUUUUGUUGAUAGAGAUCGAAAAUUUCAAAAAGCUUUGGUAUUACUAAUGACUAGAGCACAAAAACCUGUAAUUUUUACAAUUGGAAAUUUUGCACCCCUUUCCAUGGAAACAGUUAUUAUUGUUCUAAAGGCUUCAGUGUCAUACUUUAUGCUAUUGCGCAACGUUAGAGGUGAAACUUCGUAAGAAAAUAAAAAAUUGGGCGCUUUUUGUAGUAACGACACUCGUCGAGAAUAGAAGAACCUUACAUUCUACACG